CCACUCACUGGACACCGUCCGUGAGAAAAAACGAAAACCUCUGUAAAACCUCUCUGCUCUGUCUCUCUGUCUCUCGCCAUUAAAAUGCAAAUCUCUCCCGUCAAUCUCCCUCUCAAACCUCCAUUAACGUUGCCUUUUCCUUCUGUUCAGCCCAUCUUGCAUUCACGGCAAUCCCCUCAGAUCCCUGCAGAUUCCCGCCACAGGCUGCUCUACCUCCCGCCCCUCAAUUCGCUCAGGGGCUCGGGCUACUUGUCCACCAUUAACCGGGCCAUCGAAGAGGAAGAGUAUCGGAAGGCCCGAGCUGAGGUAGCUCGCAGAGGGAUUGGAGUGGAAGGGUAUUCGAUCGAGGGGAUUUCGGUUGGCGGGCACGAGACGUGUCUCAUAGUUCCGGAGUUUAAGUGCGCGUUCGAUAUCGGGAAGUGCCCUAGCAGGGCUAUCCAGCAGAAUUUUGUGUUCAUCACUCACGCCCAUCUCGAUCAUAUUGGUGGAUUACCGAUGUAUGUAGCCUUCCGCGGUUUGUAUAAUUUAAAGCCUCCAACAGUGUUUGUCCCUCCUUGCAUUAAAGAAGAUGUGGAGAAGCUGCUUGACAUUCAUAGGACCAUGAGCCAGGUGGAACUGAACCUUGAUUUGGUUGCGCUCGAUGUGGGAGAAACAUAUGAAUUGAGAAACAACCUAGUUGUACGACCGUUCAAGACACACCAUGUUAUUCCAAGCCAGGGUUAUGUUGUAUACUCAGUCAGGAAAAAGCUGAAGAAGCAGUACAUUCAUCUUAAAGGGAACCAAAUUGAGAAAUUGAAGAAGUCUGGUGUUGAGAUUACAGACAUCAUAUUGUCUCCAGAGGUUGCCUUUACUGGGGAUACAACAGCUGAAUAUAUGCUUAAUCCACGCAAUGCUGAUGCCUUGAGGGCCAAAGUUCUCAUAACAGAGCCUCUUGUUUUUUCACAGGCUACAUUUUUAGAUGAUGCAACUAGUAUUGAGCAUGCGCAACAACUUGGGCAUACCCAUAUAUCUGAGAUCAUUCAGCAUGCUGAGUGGAUUCGGAAUAAGGCUGUUUUGUUGACCCAUUUUUCUUCACGUUACAGCAUAGAGGACAUACGUCAGGCAGCCUCAAAGUUGCAGUCGAGGGUGUCUGCGAAAGUAGUCACUCUUACAGAAGGUUUCAAAUCUGUGUAUUCAUAGAUGCCUACUUGCUUCCUCGAAAUUGUACUCAGUACACGGAUGAAAGCCGGACAUGAGAAUUAUGCUGCAGUUAAUUCUUUUGUGAAUAGACUACGGUUCUAAUCAAGACAGUAAUUAGCCAGCAA